AUGGAUCGCAUUUCGCUCCCCUCGCCAUUGUCACACUCGCUCGCGUCGCCUCGGGCACGCCUCGGGCCGUGGCUCCUUCCUCCCGACCGACGGACCGUCGCAGCGACAUUCAAUGGAGUCAACGGGGCCGACAGAGACAACAGCGUUAACAGAGUCAGCGGAGUCAACGGAGUCAACAGGGUCAGCCAAGUCAGCAGAAACAGCGACAGGGACUCGCUCAUCCCGUCUCGUUUUUUCACGUCGCUAUCCUCCCGCGCCUCCCUCUGCGCUAAAUCCCACGUUUUUCUCCGCCAAUCCGCUUGCGCCUCCCCACGACCCUCCCCCUGCCUUUCCGCCUCGCCCUCCGCUAGUAUCUGGGCCAGCACGUCUUGCGCGCACCCCGGAGAGGAGACGCUGAGGCGCCCCGGCGCUCCAAGAGGAGGCGCGGGGCGCAUUGGCGCGCCACUGGCGGGGCUGCAGCUGCGUGCUGCGCUCCCCCUGGUUGCGCGGGCGGAAGGCGGGGGCGAGGCCGGUGUUAUCGUUGCGCGCGGCAGGAGAUACAGCGGGAGGGGGAAGGGGGGAGAGGAAGAGGGGGAAGAAGAGGAGGACAGGGAAGAGUGGGAUGAAGUAGGGGAAAGGGCCGUCAUGCACGCAGGUGAGGAAGACGAGUUGGAUAAAGGCGGCGGUAGUAGCAGCGAUAGGGAAGAGAGCGGGGGAGGGGAGGAGAAGGGGGGGCGGAAGAAGAGGAGGAGGCGGAGGGAGGAGGAGAAGCAGCGGACGCGGGAGGGGGCGGAGGCAAGCAGCGGGGAGAGCCUGAGGAGGGGGGUGAGCUAUGCGGAGGCGGAGAGGGUGGGGUGGGCGGAGGGGCGGAGGCGGAAGGGGCAGACGCGGGGGAAGAGGGGGAGGCGAGAUUGGGCGCGGAGGGGAGACAGGGGGGAGAGUGGCCGCACGUGCCGGUGGGAGGUAGUUAUGAGAUGCCUCAAAGAGGGCGUGUGGUUGACAACACUGGUGGACGGCACUCUGGGCGCUGGUGGUCACACGCUCGCUUGCUGGGUGCACCCGCUCCAUCGCACUCACAAAGGGUGCUGCUGCUUCUCGCCCCCUCCUGGUCACUCUCCUGCUUACGCGUUCCCUCCUUCCUCCCCUGCAGCUGGCCCGGCACCAACCAGAGACACAGGCACACUGUUGAUUCGCCUCUAUAAUCGAUACGACUAUGAUCUAGCCCGGCACCAUCCAGAGCUACAGACGGUGGUGGGCGUGGACCCCUCAGCACAUCAUAUGUUGCACUGCCUCCUCCCUUCACUCCCAUGCCUCCGCAUUUCUCCCACCCUCUUCACAUCUCCCCUGCAGCUAUGCCAACACCAUCCAGAGCUAGAGACGGUGGAGGGCGUGCACGUGGGCCCCUCAGCACACGCCAUCGCUGCUGAUUUUGCCUCCCUUCACUCUUUUGCCUCUGCUCUCUCCUGUGCUCUCUCCCAUUUCGUUUCUCCCCUGCAGCUAUGCCAGCGCCAUCCAGAGCUACAGACGGUGGUGGGCGUGGACGUGGACCCUGCAGCACAUGCCAUCGCUGCCGCGCGCCUGCAUCCCUUCCUGCGCAUCGCUGCCCCGCCAGGCGCAAAGGCAGCCAGGCCGCAAGAUCUCCAUGCCCACGGCCAAGCAGCAGCGCCAGUUGCGGAGUGCGGGCAGCCUGAGGCGCAUGGGCAAGCAACGCUGCGAGCAGUAGAGACACCGGAAGCGACAUUGCGAGUGGCGGAGGAAAGGAGGGCCACAGCGACACUGCACGUGGUGGAGGGGAAUUUCCGGCGGAUGGUGGAGGCAUGUGCGGGCGUGGGGGUGGGGCGUGGCAGCGUGGACGGCAUUCUGCUGGACGUGGGGGUGUCUUCCAUGCAGGUGCGGGCUGGUUCGGUGGAGGUGGCAUCUGAUGCAGGUGGGGGUGUUCUGUGGCAUGUGCGGGCGUGGCAUGUGGGGGUGUUGUCCACGCAGAUCGACAGGGCCGAAAGGGGAUUUAGCUUCUUAAGGGAUGGGCCGCUAGACAUGCGCAUGGACCCUAAGAGCCCCCUCACCGCUGAGGUUGCAGUUAACAAUUGGCCGGAGGAGGUCUUGGGGCAGAUCUUGAGAGACCUGGGGGAGGAGCGGCGGUGGCAGCAGAUUGCCCGGCGGAUCGUGGAGGCGCGGGGGAGAGGGCGCAUCAGCACCACCACCCAGCUCGCUGCGAUUGUGGCUGGAGGGGCAUAUGGGCCUAAGAAAAGCACAGCCUCAUCAUCCCGCCGUCGUGAUGGAGCAGGCACGCGCAUCCACUCACCCGCACCUUCCACACUCUGCCAAUUCCUCGUCCCUCCGCUGCUGUGGUCCAGGCACGCGCAUCCACCCGGCCACCUGCACCUUGCAGGUGCUCUCCAUUGUCUCAUCUCACCUCCUAUUGCGCCCAUUUCCCCUCUGCACAUCCCCUGCCCUGUACGCCCCAUCUCAGCCUCUUCCUCCCGCCGUGGUGGUCCAGGCAUGCGCAUCCACCCGGCCACCCGCACAUUCCAGGCUCUCCGCAUCGCAGUAAAUGACGAGCUUGCCGCCCUGGCGCUCGCCAUUCCCGCUGCCCUCUCCCUGCUGGCGCCGGGCGGCCGACUGGCUGUCAUCUCCUUCCACUCGCUCGAGGAUCGCAUCGUGAAGCGAAGCUUCCUGGAAGCUGCCGCCGGCGUGCCUGUGCCCAUGCCUGUGCCAGUGCCCUUGCCAGUGGCCAUGCCUGUGCCAGUGUCUGCACCAGGAGUAGGGAGCAGCAGUGGCUUGGAAGGGCAUGGGCAUGCGAGGUACCGGGUGGUGACGAAGCGGCCGGUGGUGGCGGAGGAGGAUGAGUGGAGGGUGAAUGCACGCAGCAGGAGUGCCAAGCUGAGGGUCGUCGAGCGAGUCGCUUGA